CUGCUGAAGCAGCAGCGUGGUGUAUGUACGACAGCAGGAGUACAUUUACGGCAGUAAUGCGUCACACAUUGCUCAGCAGAAGCUGCUGCUGUUGCUAAACCAAAGUUACGGCCGCAGAUGUUCAAGGGGGUUUAACCAACGACACACGAAUUGAUGAAAAACACGGGACGUCAUGAAAGAGACUGACACAGUGGUUGAUGAGAAAGAUGAAAAUUGGGUUGCCCGUGAGGAAAAUGAAGAUGAACCUCCAAUGAGUCGAAGUUUUUCAGUAGAAGACCUCCUUGAGGAGGUGGAGAAGAUCUGUUAUGAUGCCUCAGCAACGUCAAAGGUGGAAAUGGUGGUGAGGCUGUGGAAAGAUGGUUUUACUGUAAAUGAUGGGGAGUUCCGCAGCUACACUAUCCCAGAGAACCAAGAAUUCCUUGAUGCGAUCAAGAGAGGAGAGCUUCCAUCUGAAUGGGAAAGCCGAGCUGAAGAAGAAGAACUGGAGAUCAAUGUGGAGGAUCUGACAGAGGAAAAUUAUGUUCCUAAGAAAAAGGCUUUUCAUCCUUUCAGUGGCCGAGGAUACAGACUUGGCAGUGUUGCCCCCAGAGUAGUGGCCAGGUCACCGUCUGUGCAUGAAGAUGGAGAAUCUCUUCCCAUCCCCAUGGUAACACUAGACCACACCCUUCCUGUCACGUCCCUGCAAAUCUGGUUGGCUGACGGCAGGAGAUUGGUUCAGAGGUUUAACCUAUCACAUCGAAUAACAGAUGUUCAAGAUUUUGUAACACGCUGCCAGAGAAGCUGUCCGCCGUUCGUCUUGAUGACGUCACUUCCUUCCCGGGAGCUGGACAACAAAGAAUUGAGCUUGGAGGAGGCUGACUUGGCCAAUGCUGUCAUUGUCCAGAGACCACUAAACACAGAGGCUCUGUUUGGACACUCCUGACCAAAUUGUCCUUUUAACAUAAUAUUCCACACAUCUUAACUACCCCCAGAUAGCCACCCUGUGGCCCAGACCAUUGAUUUAUCUUGCACUUUAUGCUGCCUGUGAAGACUGCGCUGGAAUAUUUAAUGGUGAUUAUUGUCUGCAGUAUAGAGUUUCAUCUGAGGUGCUACUCUUUAUUCAAAUAUGUUUUUGUUCUUUUUUUUUUCUUGUAAAGUGUUUUCCAACAGAACCACUCCAAAUGCAACAAAAAAAAUCAAUGCAAUGCUCUGUGACCCUGCACCUGGUCAACUAUAUACUGUUUAUAUGGUACUGUAUAUAUAUUUCCAUGAGUUGGUCUACUACAUGGAUCGAUGCCCUCUACCGUCACACACUACCAGCACAUUCAGGCAACUCUAAAGUCUUCCCAAACUGUGAUUGUCACUCUCUGCACUAAUCACAAUAAAAACAAGCACCUGGUAUUGUGAUGAAAGUUUUACGAUACUUUAAUGACAAGGCAGCCUGUUGUUUAUGUUGGCCUUCAGUUUUUAUGUUCACUCUGAAUUGUUUUUUUUGGAGAUUACGUUUGGAAUGUUCAAUGCAUUGUUCUGUUUGAAUGCACUUAUUUAAGAAAGCAUUUAUUGGAAAACAAUUAAAAAAAUCCUCAUUGAA